UCAAAUUUCUUAGCUGGUGGAGAUAAGGGGAAGUAUUCAUUUCUUUGUGUGCCCAGAAAAAGGAGCAUGUUUUUCUGGAACAAAAAAAGAAAUAAUGAAAUUAUUCUUCACAGGAGAGAUUACGUAGCUCAUGAAGUGUUGCCACAGAAACCUAAACCAUCUGAAAAACAUGAGAAUAUGGAUUUGACUUCCACCUACAGACAUGAUUAUAAGUCCUACACUAUGUCUCAAGUACCUCCAUAUGACUGUGUGUUACAGAAUGAACCAAAGACAGAGUGGAUCAGACCAAAGAAUAGGUUUGGCCCAUAAAAAGAGACAUUUUACCACAGAACCAUUGUCCAGAAGGACUGUUCAUACAGGGAACCUGUUGCGACUCAAAGCUGCAAACCUCUGAAUCUGGUCCAGAAAAGCAAGGCUCCCUUUGAGUACAUAACCAAUUACAGAAUGAAUUACGUGCUACUUCCUCUGGUGAAACAUUAUGCCCAUAAAAUUCAGAAAUACAAGGUCAAAUAUGUUUCAUUUGAUGGCCACUCUACACACAAAACCUUACCGGGGUGGACUGGUCAGCCAACCGAGCUUCCAAAACCAUACCAGACAAAGCUAGUCCCUCUUCUUUUCUCCACUAUGACUGAAUUUCAGGAAAAACAAAAAGCUCUACAGCCUCCAAUAUUCACCUGAAAACCUGAUGUAUAUCUUCCUCCUCUGGAGAAAAUGGACCUUCACACCACUACUUGGACACACUGGAAGCACACAAAUCAUUGGAAGCACCCAAAUGAAAAGCCAGCCAAGAUGUGUCAAUCUUUGGCCCAGCUUAAUAAAAUUACUGAACCAUUUAAUAGCUCUUCUACAGUGAAGGAAAACUAUAAGCCUUGGCUAUGGAAUAGACUAAAACUUACCACUCAUGCUCCAGAUUUCCCAGCAAAAUCAAUGGGUUUCUUGACCAUGUUUCGGACCCAUCAUAGGCCUCAUUCACUAGUUAUGUACACCUAUAAACCUGUCUGGUCAGGCCCAAAGCAUCACACUCUCCUAGAUGCUAAAACAACCUACACUGCCAGUUACAUACCAAAGGGCAUUGUUAGAUGCCUGGCUCCUUACAAAGACCCACCCAGUUACAUCUUUGAGAAAACUGAUGCUGACAGCUUGAUUUUGUUUGUAGCCUCUUAA